AGGGGAGCGAUAGGGAGAAUGUAGGGGGUGGUAGGACGGGAAAGAGAGUUUGGGAGAGCGUGGAAGAAGAGACGGGAGAGUGUAGAGAGAGCGAAGAGAGUAGGGAGGGAGAUAAAGUAGAGGGGAGAGAAGCGAGAGAAAGUGCGAGUCUCAGGCCGUGCGGGGAGAGGCGAGGGGCCUCCGUAGCGAAAGGGGGAGGAGAGAGCGUGGGAGAGCAGGGAGGGCCUCGGGAGAGUGAGGAGAGAGCGUGGGAGAGCAGGGGGAGGCCUCGGGAGAGUGAGGGGAGAGCGUCAGGUGCUCUCCCUCCCUCUCUCACGCUGCGGGCCCGGAGUCGGGGCGUCGCGUGAUGCUGAUGAUGCUGAGGUGAUGUUCCCAAUGCCUUAGGGAGCCCGCAGGGGGGGGGGGGAUGGGGGGUGGGGGGAAUCGCCCCCAGAGCUCACGCACCCCGUUCACCCGGGGGCAGGUAGCGGCGCUGCUCCUCUGCAUCUGCGUCUACCCCAGGGACUGCACAGCUCGGCAGCAGCAACGAGACCCAGUUUCCCCCUGGCCAGGAGACCCAGAGGACUUGGAGGAGCCAGGAAGAGUGUCCGCUCACCGGGCGAGGAGGCAGGUGGAACCCCAGCGGUGGAGCGGCGCCCGGAUUGGAGCUGGGGGGAUGGAGGAGGGGCCGGUUCCAGCGGUCGGGGAGGUCACUGGGACCUGGGGUCAGUGGGGGCCCUGGUCCCCUUGCACGCGUACGUGUGAAGGGGGGGUCAUGGAGCAGAUGAGGCCAUGUCUGCCCGCGGCCCCCCAUGCCCCUGCGCCACCCGCGGAGCAAGGGGGCCACGGAUACGGCCACCACCAACAGCAGCACCAGCGGCGGCGGCAGCAGCACGGCUACAGCGACCUCCAGGAGCUUGAGCCAGUGCGUGCAAGCCAUCAGCAGCAGCAUCAUCAUCAGCAGCAGCAGCAGCAUCAUCAGCAGCAGCAGCAGCAGCUCAGCCGGCUCUGGCAUGGCGCUCGUGGCUCAGCUCAUUCCCUGCAGGGACGUUUUCCAGCGAGAGUGCUCAGUUCCCUGCAUCGCUCACAGCCCUCGCUCACCCGCCUCCGGGAAUCUCGUUCCACGCAUGCCACACUCGCCCACCAGACCGGCCAGGCUCCAUGGCCUGCUGGUGGAGCCGGAUCUGGGUCUCCGCGCACCUCCAUCAGCUGUGUUGGUGCUUUCCGGCGUCACCGCCUGUGCAAUGCGCAGCCCUGUCCAGCCGGCAUGCGAGAUUUCCGGACGGUGCAGUGCGCCAACUACAAUGGCCGCCCGUUCAUGGGCCGCCACUACGAGUGGGAGCCCUUCACUGAGGUGCGCGUGGAGCACCGCUGUGAGCUGAACUGCAAAGCGGUUGGAUUCAAGUUCUACGUACGCCACGCAGAGCGGGUCGUCGAUGGGACCUCCUGCGUGGGGGACCCCGCCCUCUUGACUGGGCCCCCUGGAACCCUCGGGCCCCCCGCCGAGCCUGCACACACGGACGCGGGGAUGCACGUGUGCGUGUCCGGGCAGUGCAAGCGCGUGGGCUGUGACGGGCUGCUGGGCUCGGGGCUGACGGACGACCGCUGCGGCACAUGCGGUGGUGACGGCGGCGCUUGUCGCGUGGUAGCUGGGACGUUCCGCAGGGCUGCGCUCGAGCCCGGCUACCACCGUGUCGUGGCCAUCCCCGCAGGCGCCACCCACAUCCGCGUCUCCGAGCUCACGCGCUCGCGCAACUACCUGGCCCUGAUGAGCCACACCGGCGCGCCCAUUGUCAAUGGGAACUGGGCGAUUGACCGGCCGGGCCGAUUUGGUGCAGCUGGCACGGAGUUUGUUUACCAGCGGCCGAGCGAGGGCCCCGCGGGCCCCGGGGAGACCCUGACAGCGCGGGGCCCAACAAGCGAGCCCGUGAACGUCUACGUGAUUUGCCAGCAGCCCGAGCCAGCCGUGAGCUACGAGUUUGUGGUGCCCAGAGAUGGGAGCCACGACGACGGUCGCCGUGGUGAUGACGGCAAAGAUGGUCACCGUGGCGAUGGUGGAAACCACAGUGAUGAUGGUGAUAUCGGCGUUGAAUCAGCACCCCUUGGGCCCCCUGGAUCUCGCGUGCUCCCCGGAGCCCUGGGAACCCCUGGACCAGUACCCCCAGAGGAGAUGCAGAAUGGAGCGAGCGGAGCUGAAGACCGUCAGCCUGGCACGCCCACCCCGGGCGACGAUGCCACCUUUGCCACAGAGACGACGGUUGGGCGUGAGGUUGCCAUGGCGAUCGGUCCCCAACGAGCCCCCUCCGUGCCUGUGGCAAUGGUGGCCCUCCCUCCCCGCAUGCGGGAGCACAACUGGAAGCAGACGGGAAGCACGGAGUGCACGGUGACGUGCGGACACGGUCAGCGCGUGCCGGUGUUCGGGUGCGUGCACCGCACGAGCCAGCGCGCCGUGACGGACUCUCUGUGCGACGCCACCAUGAAGCCCACACCGGAGCCCGAGGCGUGUGCCACCCAACCCUGCCCAGCCUACUGGGACUUGGGCGAGUGGUCCGAGUGCACCCGGACGUGUGGGCCCGGUGUGCAGCACCGCCAGGUUCUGUGCCGCCAGGUGUACGCGGGUCGGGCCUCCGGUGUCCACCCCUCACGCUGCCGCCACCUACCGGCCCCCGACACGAGCAGCACGUGCCAGGAGAGGAUCUGCAGCGAGUGGCUCGUGCGCGGAGACUGGAGUCCGUGCUCGGUGCCGUGCGGCCUGGGCGAGCGGGCGCGUGACGUGGCAUGCGUGAGCAAUGCCGGGGACCCCGUCCCGGACUCCGAGUGUAACCCGCGACUGCGGCCGCCGCGAAGCGAGGCGUGCGCCCGGGGCCCCUGCGCCACCAGCUGGUUCCACACGGCGUGGAGCGCCCGGUGCUCGGGGGAGUGCGGUGCGGGCGGUGUGCACACUCGCUCCGUGGUGUGCCUGGCCAGCCAGGCCGGCUCCCUGCCCCUGGGGGGGUGCGGCCCUGAGCGGCCCCCCGCCACACGCGCCUGCACGCCGGGGCCCUGCCCCCCGCAAACUGCCUGGUACACGGGUCCCUGGGGACAGUGUUCGAGUGAGUGCGGUGCCGGCACCGAGUCGCGGGAGAUCAUCUGUGUGCGUCGCGAGGGAGAGGGGGAGGUGGUGGUGCCGCGGUUGUCGGUGAGGCCGGCACUGGAGUGCUUCGGCCUCGCCCGGCCGCAUGGGAGCCGCAGCUGCGAGAGGAGAGCAUGCGGUGCGCGGUGGUACGGCACGGCCUGGAGUGCGUGCUCGCGCUCGUGUGGGGGUGGGGUGCGCGUGCGGGAGCUGCGCUGCCUCCACGACGACUUCAGCGCGAGCGCCGCAUGCCGGGGACGGCCAGCGGAGAGUGAGGCGUGUGGGGUGGAGCCGUGCCUCACCAUGGCCGGCUCCUCGUGCCAGGACAAGUUCCCCUCGUGCCACGUGGUGGCACAGGCGCGACUGUGUGCCUACCCCUACUACCGCAGCGCUUGCUGCGCCGCGUGCGCUCACCGUACCGGGCCGCACCACCACCACUACCGGCACUCUGCCGCCACCACACCCGGGUGAGCCUGCGAGCCGUCACAGACCCCUGCGCCGCUCAGAGAGGAUGAGGGGUUGAUUCCGCCCGCUGAGUGAGCCCUGUGCGAGUCAGCAAGGCUGCCGUGCACUCAAUGCCACUUCCUGCUGCCCGACCGAGACGCACAUGAAGCCAACGGCACUCACUUCCUGUUUACAGUCCUGCAGAGCCACUGGUGGAAAUUCCAGAUUACCAUGUUGGGGACGAGUCUAUUCAUAGGACAACCACUACUGUCGGCUUCCCCACAAAGUUGGUAUCUUUUUAAACGUGUCAGAGGGAAGGAUGAUGAUGGGCUGGGUCAACCCCCCCUACCAGGAAUUUGAACUCUCAACCUCCUGAAUGCAAGCCGCUCACUCUAUCGUCCCUGGCUGGGUGACCCUGAACGGGUGACGCCUUCACACGGUUUUCCACGAACCCUCUACGUGGCGCCGCUCCUGCUGCAGUCACGAGGGGAAAUUCCUGAUGGGACUUCUGCUCUGAUGCCAAAACGUGAAACUUUGUGGUUAGAAUUUGGCAGUGUUUCCAAGCGCCCAGACCAUGGUCAGGGACCGUGCUCACUGACUUGUCGCCACGGUUGCGGUGAUUGGAGCUCAAAGCGCAGGAAAUCUUCCAACCCCGCCCGCACAACCCAUGGGAACACCGGGGUUCACCUGGCGAAGGAAUUGCCUUGCCUUCCGGGAAAACGGUCGCUGCUCAUCGGCAGAACGCGCUGAAAACUGGCGGAGCGAAUCCGGCGCUCGGUUACUGCAGCAGAGACCGAGGUCAUCAACCUUGGUUUUCACUCCAAUUGGUGCCACCGCCUGCCCUUGUUUGACCCGGGUUUCCCCCCGGACAGUCAGGGAAUUAGCAUCUAUGAUCAGGUGGCAGCAAUUGAUUUGUGCCGAGAGCUGGCACCAGGAUUAUUGCGUUGACCUCUAUCAGAGUAACUGCAGUGUUGAUAGACCCAGGCUGGCAGAGAAUUGCCUAGGUUUGCUCUGUGGUGGGGAAGGGGACAGCCCUCGCCGUUCCAGCCUGUGGAUCUUCUGGGAAACUGGCUUAAGAGUGUGGGUGACGAUCGACACCUGUGUGUAUAUGGGAACGUGUACAUAGAGGCCUGUGUGUGUGCGUAUCUUAUGUGUGUGUGUAUCCUGUGUAUAUGGGUGCUGUCGAUGUUGACGAUGUUUAUGAUGUGAAAGCUGCUGUAUUAAAGCCCCUUCUUUAUAUUUGUA